UCUGGUGAGCUAGCACGCCUAGCCAUGGCUCACACACCAACACAGCUAAAUCCCCUAAUCUAAACCCCAAAGCAAUGAUACGACUCUGCAGCUUAUGCCUUAUUGUCUCCCCUGUCCUCCUCCACUGAACCUCGUCUGAUCAUUAGUUAGAGGACUCAUCACUGCUGUCCCAUUUACCCACACAGCUCCAACCAAUAAUUACUCUCUUUGAUUCUCCAAUUCUGUUUCAGUAUUUAAACACAGCCCAGCCCAGCUCAGCCCACCCCACUCACCGAGCUACACAGAAUUGCAGCAGCGAGAAAUGGAGAAGAUAGAGAGAAUGGAAGCACAUGAAGGAAAGAAAGAUAAGGUAUACACAAUUUUGUUCAUGGCAGGAACAGCCCUCCUCAUGUUUGGUUUGAAAAUGUGCCUAGUUGAGCAGUGGAGGGCAUGGGUCUUCCUUACUCUCAACCUUCUCCUCUUGGCGAUUCUCCUCACUUCUGUGCAGUUCAGCUCUGAGGAGGAAAAACAGGAAAGCACCGAGAAGGAGAUCACUGUAGAAUCAAAAAAAGUUAAUGUAGCAAUUAUACAGCAGAGUAGUACUACUGCAACAAAGAAGGCAAGCCAAGAGUGCCAUGAUCGGUCCGAGGAAGCUCGAGAGCCGAAUCUACACUGCGAGUUGGAUGAUUCAAGCAGGGGAGGGAAACAGAGUCAGGUGGAAGAUGAUGAAGAGCAGCAACAGUUUCAGCUGUCGAAGGAGGAGCUCCACGAGAGAGUGGAAGCUUUCAUUGCAAUGUUUAGGAGGCAUUUGGUUUUGGAUGCUCAGAGGGGUAGUGGGCAGGUGUUUUCUUCAACCAGAUCCAGUUAUAAUGUUGUAUGCUGCUAGUAAGAAAAGACUGCAUAUGGCAGAAUUGGGCAGUGUUGAAGAUUUUUGUUUCUGUUUCUGCUUUUUUUGUUAUUGAAAUUUCUAUACACUUGUUGUGGGUCUGUGCCUUUGCUUCUUCCUCAUGGGGCUAGCUAGAACUGAAGUUCUAAUUUUUGGAAUGGACCCAUGACCUCCUCAUGAUCCAAAAUAUAUGUAAACUUACCUUGUCUUGAGCAUACAGAAGCAGCAAUACCCAGAGAAGCAACAACAAUGCUCAAAUGGGAACAAAACAAGUGCAUUCAUUGGAAAGAAAGAUGCGAUUCAAUUCUUUAAAAAGUGGGAGCAUAGUAUUUUAUUUAUUUAUUUAUUUAUUUACUGAAAUAUUGGUCCAAAACAUAUUGCAUGAAGGGAGCUGCUUUGAAUCCA